GAGCAGAAAUAGAUUUACUCAAAACAGAGAUGAGUCGAUUUGCAAACAUUGAAACUCGUAAAAAAAUGAGAAAGUUUGUGUAUUACUUUAAGAAGUAUUGGAUGACAACACAAACCCCAGCUUUUUUUUCUGUGCAUGGACUUCAAUUUAGAACCAAUAAUGUCUCGGAAUCACUGCAUUCAAAAAUGAAUAGAUGCAUGGCUGCUCACCCUAGCUUCUGGAGGAUUUUAGACUAUAUAUAUCAUCAGGUAUUGCCAUAUUUAAAUGAAUAUUGCAAAGGAUAAAUUCCGUCGAUUAAGCUCAUAAUAAAGUAACUUGAUUUAUUUUGGGCAAUCCCUUAAGGCAUUAGGGUCUCUUCUGAUAGGUGCGAAUCAUCAUAUAAAUUAGCUAUCAUAAUUUCACAAUCGCACUACUUAAAUUUGUACCAAGAAAUACUUUACAAAUCAAAUCAUUUGUUCAUAUUUUGAAACGGCUUGAAAGCGUGAUUUAUUUGUGACAAUUUGCUCAUAUCUGCCCUUAAUAACAUAUUGAUGACACAUAUGUAAUUUUUAUUGUAUUUACAAUCUCAAUCUUUGUUUACUUGAAUUAAAUUUAUUAUUGUGAAAAUUAUUUUAAUGAACUUUUUAGAUAAUUUUGAAUGCAGAACUGGAACUCAACCAAUUCCAGAAUGGUCAUCAACCUCGAAGAGGACAAAUAAGAGAGAGAGAGAGUUCGAUCUUUUAAACGAUUACAAAGUUAUGAAGAAAAACUUUCCACAGGAGAGUGGACUCCAACAAAGUUUCUUGAGGCUUCAGCUUUCUAUUUUAAAAACUCACAUCAGUGAGAGAUACAGAACAAGUGCAGGACGAAAAUCCACAAGAGAAUGUUCAGGAUCAUCAACAAGAGACCAGACCUAUGGAGACAUUGUGCAAGAUAUGUCUUGCACUUCCUUUAGAAGUUGUUGUUCUGCCGUGUAGACACUUUUGUAUUUGUCUUCAGUGUUCAGAUAACCUUGCAAAUGACGGAAACAAAAAAUGUCCCAUUUGUCGUUUAAAAAUUGAAAACUUUUUAAAUGUUUUUGUGUCUUAAUUGAAGGAAUUGUUUGAUUAU